CGUCACCAGGAAGCGGUUUUUGUUUCCUGAAGUACUGUUCUUCUACUUAUUAUUAUUAUUAUUAUAAGAUUUUAUAAAAUUACUAAGAGGAGAUAUAAUAAACUGCGAAAUAACGUGAUGUAAAAGCGGCGGUGUUGCCUUUGUGUGUGUGUUUUCGAUGUGAGUGUUUGACCCUUAGCGGCCACCGUCGCGCAGGCUAACAUGGGUUCGGACGGAGAGAGUGAUGAUGAUUUUGUCACGUAUGGAACUCCUUUAGAGCCCUUGGAAGAAGAUGAGCCGAUCAGAAAGCCGGUUCCUGUGCAGGACCAGACGGUUAAAGAUGAGAAAGGGCGCUACAAAAGGUUUCACGGAGCUUUUACUGGUGGCUUCUCUGCUGGCUACUUCAACACCGUCGGAUCAAAAGAAGGAUGGACGCCUUCUACAUUUGUUUCAUCGAGAAAUCAGAAGGCGGAGAAAAACAAUGUCAGACCAGAGGACUUUAUGGAUGAGGAGGAUUUCAAUGAGCAUGGCAUCGCCCCCCAACAGAUCAUCACCACGGAAGAUUUUGCUUCUGGGAGGACAGAUCAGAUCAGGGACAAGGCCCGAGCCAUCAGUGCGCUUUCUGCUCCCAUCCCAGGAGACACACUGCUGGAGGAGCUGAUCGCACCUGCACGGUCGUCUAUUGGUGUGGAGCUGCUUCGGAAGAUGGGAUGGAAAGACGGCCAGGGGGUGGGACCCAGACUGAAAAGAAGACAAUGCAAACAAGACACAGGUGUUAAACUGUACGGCUGUGCUUUACCACCCAUUGCGUCUGAGGAGUCUGAGGAUGAUGAGUUUGCUCCUGAGAACGUGACCUUCGCACCCAAGGACGUGACCCCGGUGGAUUUCACCCCUAAAGAUGAUGUCCAUGGACUGGGGUACAGAGGCCUUGACCCCCUGCAGGCCCUGAGGGGCGGCUCAGGAGCGGCACAUAUCAACCUCUUCACGCUUGACUCUGAUAGGACGACGGGUCUGUUUGGUGACCGGAAGGCGGGGCAACGUCGUAAGGGUGGGAUCUCAGGACAGGCGUUUGGCGUGGGAGCGAUGGAGGAGGAGGAUGAUGAUAUCUACCACAGGGACGCCAUGUCCAACUAUGAUGUGGUUCUGGGUGGGGAGGAGCCAGGGGACGGACUUUACGGAUGGACGGCACCUCAGCAGUACAGACAGAAAAAGAAAGAUUCACGCAGAGAUGCAGAAUAUGUGGGGAAAAUUCUGGAAGGUUUCACGAUAGCUUCUAUCCCUGCGGAAGCCAAAAUUGUCUUUCCACCGCCCGUUCUGCCUCGUGAUUACCGUCCGGUGCAUUAUUUCCGGCCAGUGGUGGACACAUCGUCUGUCAGCCCGCUGGUUGCCCAGGCACUGCAGACUUCACGUGGACAGCUCUCCCAGAAUGCACCACAGCAAAGCCGCCACACACUGGACUCCUCCCAGAGGAGAGAGCUGCUGGGAGAGACCAGCUUACAGGGUCCACGCUCUGUGUUUGAGCUCCUGGACAGUAAAGACAGAGAGAGGUUGACUGAGAUCCGUAAGUCUACAGAAGAGAAGAGAUCCACUUUAGGAGCGUUUAAGGAGCGUUUCCAGUCCAGUACCACUCCGCCUGAUUUUCUUACCCAGCACCAUGUCCCUAAAGCCCAAGCAGAAAUACAGCUCCAGCCCCGGGCUUCAGACGUGGCUCAGCAAGCUCUCAGCGUCUGGUCGAGUCCCACAGCUCAAACCAGCCAGACUUUUAGGCCGUUUGAGAAAAACCCAUCCAAGCAGGCGCGAUACGAUCGCUUUAUCAGCCAACUGAGGCAGGGGAAUAAAGAUUCUCUUGAGUUAAGUCUGGACCCGACGAUGACUGAGUGGGAGCGAGGCCGAGAGCGAGAUGAGUUUAUGCGUGCUGCUGUUCUCUACAAGCCGAGUAACUCCUCACUGUCCUCCCGCUUCACCCGCGCCAAAGAAGAGGACGACACAGACAGCGUGGAAGUGACGCGAGAUCAGGAGGGUGACGUGAAUGACAAGCAGGCAGCAGUGAAGAUGAAGAUGUUUGGGAAACUCACUAGAGACACGAUGGAAUGGCAUCCUGAUAAACUACUGUGCAAGAGAUUUAAUGUUCCAGAACCUUACCCAGGCUCGAGCAUUGUGGGUCUCCCCAAAGUGAAGCGAGACAAGUUCUCUGUCUUCAACUUCCUGUCUAUAAUGGAUGAUAGACAGAGCUCUCAAGCUACGCCCACAUCCAGCUCAGGGGGCGGUGCUGCUUCCUCCUCAGUAGCCUCAGGCAAACGCUCAAGGUGGGAUGUGGCUGAGCAGGGGUCAAAAGUUAAAGAGACACAGGGUGUAAAAGAGGCUGAGCAACAGCAAGAUCACAUGAUCACUGCGACGACAUCUACAGCGUCCUCAGACUCCAGAGUCAGAGCUGCUGAGCCUAAAGUGUCUGAAGCUGGCGCUGAGCAGAAACCGAAGGAGGAUGAGGAGGAGGUGGAGGAAGAAGAGGUCAGACCUCCGAUGGAUUUGUUCAAGGCAAUCUUCGCCAGCUCAUCGGACGAGAAGAGCUCCUCUUCUUCCGAGGCGGAGAGCGAUGAUGAGGAGGAGGAAAAGAAGGCGGAGCUGCAGACACCUGUCGUCAAACCUGCCAUCACACCUGCCAUCACACCUGCCCUACCUGUCGUACCCCAGGCUCUUCCAACCCCUCCCAUAUCAUGUUUGAGUAGUGUAACUGAGGCAGAAUCAGAAAUCGCUGACAAAGCAGAGCAAAAAGACGCUCCUGCUGCGUCUUCUGUCCAGACUGCAGGUCUUGACUGUGAAGAGUUUGGACCCAGACUGCCACCUUCUGGCCAAGUGUUUCCCUCUUCCUCAUCACCAGAAUGGGAGGAAAAACCAAAGAAACAAAGUAAAGAGAGACACAAAUCCAAGAAAGAACACAAACACAGAAAAGAGAAGAAGCAUAAGAAGAAGAGUAAGAAGCACAAGCAUAAAGGGAAACAGAAGAAGAAGAAAAAAGAGGAGGAAACAGACAGUAGCUCAGAUGACUCUAAUGACUCUGAUGGCGGUGAUGUAAUGAGGACAGGCUUAGUGUCCAAUGACGAGCUGCUACAGAGGUUGAGAAACCUCCGAGGAAAGAAGUGAUGGUGUGAUGACUCUGAGACGGAUGAACUGUCCUCCAUGAGGAUUCUGUUUUAACACAAACAAGAGCGAAACUUUUUGUGUAAAUCCAUAUUUUGCAAAAUGAAGAACAUGCUUUCCAGCCUUUGCCUGAUUUAAAAAUAAAGUUACUGCGAUCCCUGA